AAACGAGAGGCGCUCAACUGAAGAAUGUCCCAUUUGUAAUAGGUGCGACGGUAAUAGAUAAGGCAACAGAUAGGUUUAGUUCAAAAUUUCUCUUUACACACUAGCACUUGACACAUUUACGCCCCAGAGUGAAUUGUUUUGCAACCAGGGGCGUGUACUUAACACAAACACAGGUAUCUGUAUAAGACAAGUAGAUAUUUUCAUGUAAACUAUUAUAAAUCGAUUUUUAUCAUAUCCUUAAAGUAAGAGUAUUUUCGAUUAUAUUUCUAUAUCUUCUUAGAAACUACCGUCGAGUGCGUGUUUCCCCGUUUGCGUCCUAAAUCCGCCCCUGGUUUCUAAAAAUCUGUAUCCCUCUGGUCUACUUCGAGUAUUUUUUAAAGGACUCUUAUAAAGGGUGGCUUAAAAGUGGACAUUCUUCUUAACUCAUCAUAUCUUUAAACAUCCGCAGAUCACAAAAGCAAUUUCACGAUGCCAUCACAGAAAGUUCGCUUGUGUUUCCUCGCUGUCUGCAUCUUCUCACUGACACACCAGGUGGCGCCCAUCACAGUCGGAGCCUUCAACAUUCAACAUUACGGCGACACGAAACAGACGGAGCAGGGCCAUGACAUUUCUCGGGUGCUGAGCCACUACGACAUCGUCCUCAUCCAGGAGGUCCGUGACCCGGACCACUCGGCCCUCAACGAGCUCAAGAACCUUCUCGGGUCCACCGCCUGGGACUACGUGUCCAGCAAUCCCGUGGGACGCACGGCCAGCUACAAGGAGCAGUAUGUUUUCUUUUACAAGAAGGCUUCGGUUCGCGUCCUCGGGAAUUUCCAGUACGAUGAUUCCGGGAAAGAUGUUUUCGAGCGUGAACCGUACGCCGUGAACAUACAGUACACGUCCGCGUCACGGGGCCACGCCGUGAACGUUGUGCUGAUGGGUAUACACACACAGCCCGAUAAGGCAUCAGAUGAGUUACAUGUGAGUACAUCGGGCAAUUUAAAAUGUGUGUGAUUAAAGUAGUGAUCCAUUCAGGUGUGCCGUCGAAUUGUAGGGAAAAACUAAGGCUCGGGAAAAAGUUAUUUCCAGGAAUAAAACUCAUCACAGAAAAAAAUUAAUAGACAAAAAUGUUGAAAAAAAAUCAGAAUAUUAAUUAUAAUGUAUAAUGUCAGUUUUUAGUUUUUUGUAUUAUUUAUCAACUGAAUUCAUCUUUGUAUGUCCGUAUUAUUGCUAAAUUAUCGACUGAGUAACAGUAAACAUGCAAUUGCAGCGGCUUAUUCGGAUCAUAGUUUGAUUCUCACGUGGGAUUAAAAAUGUGCUUGGAAUUUUUCAUAAUGUUAAAAUAUUAUAUUUGAAGAUAAAUAGUACCCGUGCUGAUGCCUUCGGGUCUUUCCCGAGCGACAACGUUGACAGGACAAAACUUAUUAUCACUUAAAACCCUCACAAUCAAAUAACCAAACGUGUUUUCCUUUAAAAAGGUGCCAUACUCAUCGCUGACACUGAAACACGUGACAUUUUUUCUUCCCCGCAUUUCAUUGUUUUCAGGCGGCAAACAAAUCCGAGAGACAUCCUUGUGCGCAGUCGCAUCAACAUCUACCCUUUUAUCGUGCAGACUCAACACAUACGCUUCCCUAAGUGCAGUUUUCAGAUACGCGACGAUUUCCUUUGUACUAGCCGCAAUUGGGCCUACAAUAUUGUUUGCACCUGCUGCCAGAUGUCGUACAUAGGGGAGACAGGACGCAGACUCUCGGACAGGUGUACUGAAUACAUCCGUGGUAUUAAGCAAAAUAAACAGUAUCUCGUCUCUGAACACUACAAUAGAAGCGACCAUAAGGGCGCGGCUGAGUUUACAAUUAGUGCGAUCGUGACUAGCACAAACACAUCCAACCGGGUGAAUUUGGAGAACAAGCUUAUCCUGACCUAUGGAUCUUGACACCACAUGGCAUGAACGUCAUGUCUUUAUUCAUAGCUUGAGCCUAGCUCCGCCCCUCCAAGUCAUUACCAACCGCAGUGUACUAAUGUUUCCUAUUUUCUUUCCUUCUUCCCUAUUUCAUCUCUCACCUACUUAUUUUCUGUCACAAUUAUUUUGCUGCCCUCUCGGAUACUACUUAUCAGCUAUGUGCUUUAUUUUUUUUUAAAUUAUUCUGGUUUUUUCGGUUGUUUGUUUGCUGACAAAGGCUUCCUGCUGACACGUUCGUUGUUUUGUUGCGUUCCUUUUUUCAGGUUUGACCUUACUUUGUUUUACUCAUUCCAUAUUAUAUUUUACACAUUACUUCAAUGAAUUGUUCAUAUUUAGCUAUGAAUUAAACCUAUAGACAAUUAUUAUAUUAAAGAUUUAAUAACGAUAAAUGGGAGUUAGCGACUGCACUAGAUAAAGAUCUCAUUCAGGGUCUUUGUCCCUUUUUAGCAACACGCACGACUUCUUUUGUGCCACCUUUCCACGAAAAAACUCUGCACUAGGUCGAAAGUGCUAUAACUUAAUAUAAACAAAAAAAUGCCGUCCAGGGUGGAUUUCAACCACACGUUCCCAACGCCAGUGACUUAGUGUCUAUUCGAAAAUCAACAAUAAGUAGAGUUUACAUGUAACGUUGACAUGCGUCAAUUCUGUUUGUUUAAAUGUUUAGUACUUCCGUGUCGAAAAUUAGACAUGAUAGAUAGAUAAAGGUGAAGAAGUCCAAUUAAGAUACCUGCAUAAAAUCAUCAUCAUCAGAGUCACUACAGCCGCCUAGGGAUCUGGCCUGUUCCACCACAUCCUUCCAUUCGGAUCGAUCCAUGGCUUCCCGCCUUUUGUGCGUGAACCCCCACCUGGUGAAAGUCCUUAUCUAUAUUGUCGAUCCAUCUCAGUCUUGGUAGACCGGUGAACCGUCUGCCCCCCUAGGUUUCUACCAACAGAUCACUUUUGCUGCUCUACAAUCGGGAAUCCUAUCAACAUGUCCUGUCCAGAGCAAUCUGCCUUUUUUAGUGUUGCGACUUUGGGUGGGGACUUGUACAAAUGAUAUAGCUCUUGGUUAGUACGCAUUGUCCAAACAUCAUUGUUUAUCACUAGGAAAUACAUUUUCCUAAGGAUUUUCAUCUGCCAUAUAUUGAUCAGGUUCUCUGCUUUUCUGGUACGGGACCAAGUCUCAAUGCGUAAGUUACUACUGGUCUUAUGAUAGUGGUGUCUAAUGACUUCUUUUCUUUGUUUCCCUUGAGAGAUUUUGCUUCCUCGUAGCCUUUUUUUUUUAAGAAAUAAGAAUGGUUACCUUCUGAUAUCCUUUCUUUCACCUUCGACACUAUUCCAUUGUGCUACCUGCAUAAAAUAGAUUAUUCUAUGAGUACAUACAAAACUUGGCCACUUAAGUCUUUAUUGUGAUUACGAUUUUUCCCACAACCUUCUGCUAAUAACCGAAGACGGUGUCUCGUGGUACUUGACCUCCUGAAAUAAAAUUGUUUAAAGUUUAAACUGCCGUAUUUCUAACAUUAAAUGUAGCAGGCUCCCGGAGACUCUGUAGUCAUUUAUAUAACAACCUCUCGACCGGACAUUAAUUUUGGUAUAUAUUUAAAAAUACAGUUGAUAUGUGACGUUUGUAGUACAUCACGGCAGUUUAACUUUUAUACGGUUAUCCAUGAACCUGUUACCCAUAACACACUUGAUUUAUAGGACGAUCAAAUCCUGGUGAGAUUGGGGGAGUGGCGGUAACUGUCUGCCCUCUCCCUUUCGCCCCCCCCCCCACCUAGGUUACCAGAAUACAGAUAGAUUAGAUGAUGUAUAAAGAUCCGCGGGAUAUUUUUGUCCCAAAGCAUCCGUCAGUCAAGGUCGUUGAGAUUCGGUGUCUUAGACCUGGGGAUGCUGGGGCUGUAUAAGAGGAUGCAGUGACGCGUGUACAAUCAGUUGUUGUUAUUGUUGUUGUUUUUUGUUGUUGUAUUUCAUGCAUUUUUAUUAGUAUUUUUGACGAGAGUAUUGCGUAAGUAUGUUUUGAAAUCGAUUGGGGGCGAGGCGCUGCAAAAUGAUUUAAGAGCCCCUUAGUUGGAUAAUAUGUCAUUUAACACAAAAGGGCUCACCUUUUCUUAAUAGUGUCUGGCCUAUUCAUAAGAUCUAAACAAUUAUUAAGUUAACUUAGUUUGUGACACAUUCAUAAGUCCAAUAUACAAGUGAGCCAUUGAUAACUAAUUUUUCAAAGUGUGUGUAUGUGUGGGGGGGGGGGGAGAAGGGGGGUACCUGAGGGCACCCAUCUUAACCCAUGCUGCGGGAGGUCUUGGACAUUAUGGUAAAUGUGUUCUAUAUAUCUUAUUUUAUGAAUCUUCCUAUGAUAAUAUAUAACAUCAUUUUAAACAGUGUUGGGUUUAAUAUAUAUAAUAUAUCACAAAUUGUAAUUACUUUGUUCAAUUGUCCAACUUGUGUCUUCUCCUCACAGGCCCUGCCAACCGCCAUGACAGCUGCCAAAGCUCAUUUCCCCAGCGCCGCGGGUGUCAUUGCCAUGGGCGACUUCAAUGCCGACUGUUCUUACCUCAACAACCAGGAGAAGGCAACCCUUCCCCUGUUUCACGACGCCAAGUACCGGAGCUUGAUUGCCGACACCGUCGACACCACCACGGCGACCACCACCGACUGCGCCUAUGACAGGAUCGUCAUUGAAGGCAACGCGGAUAUCGUGGCCGACUCUGCCAAAGUUUACAGAUUCGAUACUGCCCUCGGGCUCAACUACGACAGCACCCGAGCGAUUAGCGACCAUUACCCGGUGGAGUUCAGGCUGAACUAGAAACUCUUUUCGUCUAUACCAUAUUGUGUGUAUCGAUCUACCGUUAAGAAAGGGACGAUUUAAAUAACUUUGUGGUUCUAAGCUAGAGAUAAUAAAAGAUUUUAUUUGAAAUGAUUAUUUUUGGUAACGACUGACAAUGAGAGAGGUAAGGGAGCGCAUUCUUAUUUUAUUAAGACGGUUCAUGUCUUGACAAUGCCCAGUAAGAAAUUUCACGACAGAAAAAAAAACAACAACAAUUUUUAAAGUAAAUAACCUUUAAAAAGCUAAGGCAAGACGACGUAACGAGUUGGGGGGGAGGGGGGCUGUAACACUUGAAAUAGUGGAGUAGAAGUAAAAGGGAGACAAGAGGAACCUUAGAAAUUUAAGAGUUUUUUUGCAUUUGUUCCCCCUUACUUCUUGAGAUUACGGUAUAUAUUUUAUUUAAAAACUGAAUCCUCUUUUUAAUUUGAAGUGUCGAGCGAGUUGAAGUGGGGCUCCAGUGUAAGGCAGAGACAUAGAGCACGCUCUUAACAUUCUGACAUCCGUGAUACAAAAAGAAAUAAAAUACGGUUGAGGCAAUGAAGGCAUUUUGUGACGCUGGUCAAAGUGUUAACUCACAGGCCGGGGGUAAAGGUUCUCACAUUCUGGGGUUAGACAGUCAGAGGUGAUAACACGGAUGAUUACAUAAACUCUAAGACCUUUUUUUAAAAGGAAGAUCGCAUUGCUGUAUUUAUAGUUCAAUAUAUUUUUAAUGGAAAGUGGUCCGGGGUAG